AUGCCGCUUCAUGCCGAUCUUUGCACAAUACUCCAGAAUGCCUCGCGCGCUCGUCUGCGUUCCAUCCCCAUCGCAUCUACCAAGGACAACCUCUCGAUCCUCUCGAUCCUUCUUCAGCACGGUUUUAUCCACAACGUAGUACGAGGUACGCAAACUGGUCCCUCUCCCAUCUUGUACACAUCUGCAAGCCCAGCUGCGCGCAGACUGUGGGUCGAUCUCAAAUUCCGUCCCGACGACCGACCGGUAUUGGAAAAGAUGAACGUGGUUUCUAAACCAUCGCGCAAAUUGACCAUGGACAAGGACGAGCUGUUGAGAUUUGCCACGGGAAGGAGGGCCAAAUUUGUCAAGCCGCUGGAUAUGGGCGAGAUUGGCAUUGUUGACUGUGGAAAGAAUGGCUGGUGGGAAGUCAGGGAUGCCAUUAGGAGAGGGUAUGGAGGAGAGGUCGUUGCUCGCGUUUCGUAG